AUGGCUAAAGAAAGAAUAAUUGCUGGUGGUGACUAUGCGUUGAACAGCUCUGGCACUACAUCAAACGUUCGAGAAUUGCAGUUACCCGAGUUCACGGAUCCUGUUAUAAUUGUCGGUGGUGGUUUGGCUGGUCUCUCUGCUACACUUCAAGCAAUACAUGACGGCGCAAAUGUUAUUCUCAUCGAAGGUGAAAAGGAUUUGGGUGGUAAUAGUCAAAAGGCAUCAAGUGGAGUAGCAGCUUGUAAUACGGAAGCACAACGUGUUAGGCAAGUAAUUGAUUCACCGGAACUGUUUUAUUCCGAUACGAUGUCAGCGGGGGAUCGCGAGAAUGAUCACGUAUUAGUUGACCAACUAGUGCGUCAUUCACCUACUGCCAUACAGUUCCUCAUCGAUCAUGGGGUCGAUUUAUCCGACGUAAAUCUCUGUGGUGGACAUUCAGUAAAGAGAGUACACUGGAUACCGCAGCCGAAAGAGGGUAAACCAGUAGCGGUGGGAUUCAGUAUUAUCAAAGCACUGAAGGAAAAACUUCGCAUGCAUGAAAAAGACUAUCCAGAAAAAGUAGAGCUUUGUAAAUAUCAUGUUUUUGGUAAAGAUAUGUAG